CAUUGACCUUUAUUAUUGAGUUCGCGUUGGAUUUUUGAACGGAGCAGUGUUGACUGUACAUCAGACAAAAAUGGCGGCUCGUUGUAUUUGCUAGCAUUGUGAUAUUUCGCAUAAUUUUCUCGAAAUAAUCGUGUUUUUAUGUGAACAUGUGAAAAGUAUGAAUUAAACUUUGUAGUUUAGUGUUCAGCGCGUAUUUAUUAAGAUGUGUCGGACAGAAUUGUGCCGUUUUGGGAUAGGGAACUGGAUUUUUUUAUUGGCCUGCCUGCAUUUGUUUACCCAAACCCAAGGUGGAGAGAAAGAGGAAGCGGUGGUGCGUCUGACAGCGGAGCCGGCCGAUUGCGUCGUAGCAGCGGGUGAACGCGCCGUGCUCAGCUGCGCCGCCGCCUCGCCCGCUCGUGUCUCCUGGCGGUAUAGCGCCCAGCACGCGCCCACACGCGACCACUCCCUGCCCCACACCGACACAUAUAGAAAACAGGCUGCGAACGGAUCUCUCGUGCUGGAGAGCAUGUCGGCGGCACUGGCGGGACAGUACCAGUGCGUGGCCGCACUCGAAGGGGUCGGCGUCGUCGUGUCACGGGUCGCUACAGUGCACCUCGCCGAAGUGCCGGAGCUGGCGGAGGUGGGAGGCGUGGUGGCCACGGUGGAGGGCGGCGUGGCGCUGCUGUCGUGCGGGCUGCGGCCGCCUCCUCGUCUCGCUCUGCGCGUGCUGCCGCCGCCCGGGGCUCCCGCCGCCGCCGACCGCCGAGUCUACGGAGCCGCCCGUCUGCACGCGCAUCCGCCGCUGCUCAAGCUCAACGUGACGUGGCUGAAGAACGGCGUGCCGGUGCGCAUGGAGGCGGCGCGCGUGUCUCUGACGCCGAGCGGAGCGCUCGAGAUCGACCCCGUGAAGCCGCACGACGCCGCGCGGUAUCGAUGUCGCGUCUCGUUGCAGUCGCCGCGCGACGCCCUCGCUCGCACGGGCAGCGAGAUCGAGCUGCGGGUGAACACGGAGAUCGCUAAUCUGGAGGCGGCGCCGCGCUUCAUCGCCACGCCGCAACCUGUCACCGUGAUGGAAGGUGCGUCGGUGACGUUGGAGUGUGCGGCGGUGGGCAACCCGAAGCCCCAAGUUACGUGGCUCAGCAAUGGCGUCGCCAUCGAUCUCAACGACCUGGAUUCGAGGCUAUACUUGGUGGGGGCUGGAUCUCUGCGGGUGCAGUCGGCGAGGGUGCCGGAUGCCGGCGUUUACACCUGCCGAGCCACCAACCGCCUGGACUCCGCCGACCACUCCACCCAUCUAUACGUUUUGAGCAUGCCACGCGUGAUGCUGUCCGAAGGUGGCGUGGUGCGGGCGCGACGGCGAGGCGACUCCCGUCUGGGUUGUGAGGUCAAAGGUCGGCCGCCGCCCCGCGUCACUUGGCUCAAGGACGGGGAGCCCCUCUCGCCGCACAACCACGACAUCGCCCUCGUCGACGGGUCGUCGCUGCGCAUCCAGGGCGUGUUGCCGGUGGACGCGGGCAUGUUCCAGUGCUUCGCGACUUCGUCCGCCGGAUCCGCCACUGCCGCCCUGCGCCUAGUGGUGCUGCCGGCGCAUCACGUCCCCGAUCCCCCGACCGGCCUCGAGGACCUCCAGAGCGUGGAGGAGGACCCGGAGCUGGAGCUGGGCGAGACUUCGUCCGCGUACACUCCGCGCCCGUCCGACUACGACGACUCUAAUGCUAUAAACGAUAUUUCAUUUCACGCCGACGAAGGAUCCGACAGCGACGUCGAGGGAAACUCGACCGCGGUCUCGGCGCCUCACAACUUGAGGCCGGUCAUCGUGAAGCACAGGUUCGUCACGCUCAGCUGGGAGGAGCCCGAGCACAAGUCGGAGGACAUCACCGGCUACGCCGUCUUCUAUAAAGUCAAGGGAAGCGAGCGCGAGCGCGUGUCCCGGGGUGGACCGUCCCGGCACGAGGCCAACGUCGGGUCGCUGCAGCCGAACACCACGUACGUCAUCACGGCGCGCGCCUACACGUCCGGCGCCGCCUCGCCACCCACGCCCGCCGUGGAGGUGACCACCCCGGCGGAGGAGGUAUCGUUCGGUCCGCCCGAGGACGUGCGAGCGGAGGCGGCGGGGCCCCAUUCGGCCCGCGUCUCCUGGGCGCCGCCGCCCGCGCCCACGCGGCCCGCCAAGUACGCCGUCUACUUCACCGAGGUGGAGAGCGGGCGCGAGCAGAGCGUGUGGUGCGCCGCGUCGCCGUGCCCGCUGGAGGGCCUGCGAGCGGCGACCCAGUACCGCGUGCGCGUGAGCGCUGUCGGAGGCGCCGCGUCGGCCGAGCGCACGCUGCGCACGUGGGCCGCUCCGCCCGCAGCCCCUCCCGCCAACGUCACCGCCCUGCCCGCCACGCACACGUCGAUCCAAGUGAGGUGGGAGGCUCCGCCCGCGCGCACGCACGGGGGUCCCCUCACCGGCUACAAGAUCCGCUUUCGCCUGGCCGGGGGCGGAGGGGCAGCGGGCGGCGGCGCCGCGGGGGGCAGGCGCCGAGCCGACUCGCUCACGACGCCGGCCGACGCCCGUCGAGCGGACCUCGCCGACCUGGAACCCGGCGCCACUUAUCAGAUUCGAAUGUGCGCAAUAAACGCGAACGGGUCCGGACCCUUCAGCGACUGGGUGUCGGCGGCGACGGCCGGCGCCGAGCGGGCCGACACGGCGGUGCCCGACUUGCCACCCUCGCUGACCGCGCGCGCGGGCCGAGAUUGGAUAUCGGUGUGGUGGGGCGGCGCCGGGGGAGGCGGGGCGAAGGGCUGGUGGUUGGGCUGGGGGUUGGGCGUGCCGGACGAGCGCUCGCGGGAACUGCCCAUUCACCGCACGUCGUACGUCAUACGCGGCCUCGAGGCGAAUUCCGAAUACGUGAUAUCGUUGCGAGCCAGCAACGCGCUGGGUCUCGGACCGGCCGUCUACGCAACCGUGCGGACGCGGAGCGCUCGACCCGACGACGACUCGGACGGCCCGGACGAACCGGACGAGCCGGACGACCCCGACGAUCCCGACGACCCGGACGAGGCCGACGACACUCCGCCGCUCAUUCCGCCCGUCGGACUCAAGGUGAUCAUGCUGAGCGGAACCACGGCGGUGGUGUACUGGACGGACCCGACGCUGCCGAAAGGACAGCCGGCGACAGACGGCCGGCGCUACGUGGUGCGCUGGGCCAGCGCGGGCGGAGGCCGGCCCCGGACCUACAACGUCACCGACCUCAACUGCAUGCUGGACGACCUGCGGCCCUUCACCACCUACGAGUUCGCCGUCAAGCUCAUCAAGGGAGGGCGUGAGUCGGCGUGGUCCAUGCUGGCGAGCAACACGACGCUGGAGGCGGCGCCAGGAGGGGCUCCGCGGGACCUGCGAGUGGCUCCCGCCGCGCCCGCCUCCCGCGCGGCCGACCUGGUCUGGGCUUCACCCGCCCGACCCAACGGCCGAAUCACCGGCUACGUCAUCAUGUACGCGCCCCAGAGGGGCCCGGAGAGCGGCGCCGCCGAGGAGUGGACCGCCGUGGCGGCGGCCGGCGAGCGUGCCAGGGCCCGCGUCGACCGUCUGCGCCCCCGCACCACCUACGCAUUCAAGAUACAGGCGCGCAACGGCAAGGGACUCGGCCCCUUCAGCCCCGUCGUCGUCUACACGACCGGCCCCGAGACGGGCGAGGGAGCCGGCCUGGCUUCGGCGACGUCGGCGUGGCUCUGGGCGAGCGCGGGAGGCGCGUGCGCCGUGUUGGCGCUGGCCGCCGCCCUGGCGCUGUCGCUGUGCUGCCGCCGACCGCACCCACCGCUGUCUCCCGACACCAGCACCUACCAGAAAGCUUCGGCGUCCGCGGGCAUCAAGCCGCCCGACCUGUGGAUCCAUCACGACCAGAUGGAACUGAAGCACAUCGACAAGAGCCUCCACAGCUCCGCCAGUAAGAUCUCGGCGGGCAGCGUGGACGGCGGCGGCGGCGUCGGCACGCUGGGCCGCGCUCCCCCCGUCGAGUACGAGCCCGCUCGCCACGCUCCCGCGCCCGCCUCGCUGGACCGCCGCUACGUGCCCACCUACGUCGAGUCGUCGUCGUCGUGCGCGGGCAGCGCCGACACGUGUCCGCUGGCGACGAGCUCGCCGUGCGCGCGCUGCGACCUCCCCCUCCCGGACUAUUCGCUCCGCGACUAUUCGCCACACACCUAUUUAGCCAUGACCGGCGUGGGCGUCGGCGUGGGCGUGGGCUGCAGCUCCACCUGCGAGCGUCGGAGACACGUCCCCGAUCAGAGUACACCGCUGCUGGCGGGAGUGGCCCCGCUGGGCUCCACGCAGUCUUCUCUGGGCUCGCUGCACGCGCAUGCCGUCCCGCCCUGCGCGUCGAGCGGCUGCCCGCUGGGCGCGGCCGUGGGCGGAGACGUGUACGCGAGCGCGAUGACGGCGCGCGAGAGAGGCCACUACGUCGCCUACGAGCCGCUCGGACAGUACACGCACCGGGACUCGUUGAGCGGCGAGGCGGCGCCGGGCGGGGCCACGUCGUGCGCCGGGUCACUGCGACGCGGAGGCUGCGGGGGGCCGCUGCACAGCUUCACUCUGGCCGACAACGCCUCCGACCGCUCCACGCCCUCGCACUCCAAGGCGGGCAGCGUGAGAGAGACGUCGCCGUACAAGAAGAGCGCGAGCUCGUCGCCGGGCCGGCUGCAGCCGGGCGGGGUCGGCGGCGAGCUGGAGGGGUUGACGUCGUCGCGCUCCACGGAGCGGCUCCACCGGGACAUGCAGAACCUCGAGGGCCUCAUGAAGGACCUCUCCGCCAUCACGCAGCAGCAGUUCCAUUGCUAACGGCCAACGACCGUCUGUAUCAUAUGAGUUGUAUAGUACUGUGGACAUUGUUUUGAUUACCGAGACGAUUGACUCCCGCCUAAUGGUUUUGUAAAAAUCCUUGGUAUUCGUCAGCUCAAUUCCGACAACCGAAAUGGAGCUCGACGUAGACAGUGAAACGCACGGACCCACUUGUAUAUAUAUUUGUACUUAAUCAGUCCGGCCCAGCCGCUAGGUUCGUUCACAGUUAAAGUCGGGCGUACAUCGACGUCUGUGAGACAGGGGCGCUGGAGCGCGGCUGGCUUUAUUAUGAAUUUUUGUAAAUAUUGCCUGUUUAAUAUUUUUCUAUAAUAAUUCUAGAACAACAUUUGUAUUAUACACAUUCGGCAUUUCGCGUAUAUUUGUCUAUUCUGGAUUUACGCCAUCGUGCCAUAUCUAUCGUCGCCACGUGUCGUUGAAGUCGUCGGCUGGUUUAAUCGAUGACUUUAUUCACGACGGCCGAAUCGGACUUCAGCGCGUCACCGGCCGAUUUUGAAAGACUCGUGCGUCGCUGUAAUUAAAAAUGUAACCUCAAAUAUCGGGCCGAUUCGGUUGUCGUGAAGCCUGGGCCGUUCAAUGUCUGAACUUCGCACAAAACGCCGAGUUGGGCGACAAAAAUGCGCGUUAAAUUCGGAAUACGUCGGCUUAUUAUUUAUUCUUCCGAUUCGUCAGCCAUUAUCUUAAUAGUGAUAAUUUAUUAUAAGUGCAAACAUUAUUGCGUGUACAUAUUUUUUUGAUAACUCGACUUUACAAAAUAUGGUCUCAUUUUACUUUAAAUAAUCGUACUUAGACUGAAUUUUGAAACGGUUUUUAAAUAUAGAUUAAGUUUUAUUUAAUUUAAAUGGAUUGUAUGUAUUAUUUAUUACAACGAAAUUUUAAAUUUUUUACGAAAAAUCGAGAAACGUUUAGACUGAUUUUUUUUAUAAUUGUGUUUCGCGCUUCGCCGCUACGUUAAAAAAGAAGUAGUGAUCUGAAUCGGAUCACUUGAAAUGGAACGAUUUUCGGCUGCGGGGCGCGAUCUGUUCCCACCAACACGAGACUGCUUCUCGACUGUUUUUUCAAAUAAGUUGGAACAUCGUAUAGAUCUUUAAUAAACUUAUUUAUUCAUGAAA